CGUGAUGGUGGAUAGUUAGUCGGCUAGGCUCUCCUAUAUGCAUGCAUAACCAUAAAUCUUUUCACGGCGCCUCCAAAAGCCGGCUACGUUGAACAAUUAGAUAGGAUAACCCCCUAUUCUGAUUUGUAAGUCGAGUGGGCUUGGCUCCUACUCAUGGCGACCAUUAAGGCCAUCGAGGCUAGAACUGUCCACCAAAUCCAAUCUGGCCAAGUCAUCGUCGACCUGUGCUCCGUGGUAAAGGAGCUGGUGGAAAAUGGUUUAGAUGCUGGAGCCACGAGCAUAGAGGUUCGUUUCAAGAACCAAGGGUUAGAUUCCAUCGAGGUCCAAGAUAAUGGCUCAGGUAUAUCCAGGGAGAACUAUGAAACGAUAGCUCUCAAACACUAUACUUCUAAGCUCUCUACUUAUUCGGAUCUUUCCUCGUUGCAGACAUUUGGUUUCCGAGGAGAAGCGCUAUCAUCCCUCUGCGCCUUAUCCAAGUUCACCAUAACCACAUGUCUAGCAUCUGAUGCACCGAAGGGGUCGAAGCUAGAAUUCGAAACCUCCGGGAAACUUCUUAGCACAACAGUUGUAGCCGCCCAAAAAGGGACUACGGUGACGAUUGAAGGACUUUUCCACAAUCUACCUGUCCGUCGACGUGAACUUGAACGAAAUAUCAAGCGAGAGUGGAACAAGGUCAUUGGUGUCCUAAAUCAAUACGCCUGUAUCAAAACUGGCCUCAAAUUUUCCGUAUCUCAGCAACCGACCAAAGGCAAGCGAAUUGUUCUAUUUUCAACCAAGGGGAACCAGACAACCCGCGAAAAUAUCGUCAACGUGUUUGGAGCGAAAACUUUGGCCGUUCUUAUUCCCUUAGACCUAAAGCUCGAGUUAGAACCCACAAACGCGCCAGGCCAGAAAUGGACCACUCAGAGUGAUGAUAGCAUCCAAGAAAUCCUUAUCAAAGGACAUGUAUCCCGCCCGGCCCAUGGAGAAGGCCGUCAGACUCCUGAUAGGCAGAUGUUCUUUGUGAACGGUCGCCCCUGUGGCUUACCACAAUUCGCCAAAGUAUUCAAUGAGGUGUAUAAAUCUUAUAAUGCUUCUCAAUCUCCUUUUAUUUUCGCAGAUAUCCAGCUGGAUACCCAUCUCUAUGAUGUCAAUGUCAGUCCGGAUAAGCGUACGAUUCUCUUACAUGAUCAAACUCGAAUGCUCGACAACCUCCGGGAAUCAUUAGUCGCCUUAUUUGAAUCACAAGAUUAUGCGCUGCCAACAUCGCAGUUAUCCAGUAUAAAAUCGACGCCUUUCAAAAAGCCUUCUCUCAGUAGGCACAAUACCCCAUUUUCCCAAAGUGGGUCAGUCCCAUCCACCUCAGCCGAUAACUCGCAGCGCCAGAGUUCCGCUUCUACAGUUCCAAGCAAUACCAUUGGAAAUGACGAGGAUGAAGAUGAGGAACCUGCAGAUGAGGCCAUAUCAAGUAGCUCGGCCUCGAGGAGGACGGCAGCUCAUGAUGGUAAAAGUCUCAACUUGGUUAGCCGAUGGGCCGAACGUAGAUCGGCAUCACGCGCUGAUACUCCUUCGACAACGAGUAAGAUCUCGGAAGAUCAUGAUCAGGAAACAUCAAAAGGAACGCAACAUACCUUUGCCAGGUUUGCGAGGGACAACACAAAAGAAGACAAGGACGCCGAACUAGAAGACAGCGCUCAGGACCUACCAGCAUCCACUAUACCCUCAACAGAAGCCUCCAGCGAGAAACCUGAUUUUCGUGCGCGCUUAGCAGAAUUAAGCAGAAGUAAAGCAGACAGACGUAGUAGUAGCCCUCCAGUCGAACCACCAAUACCAGCUGUAUCGACAUCAUCUCGCGUAUCCGACAUCAAGUCCAGUAGAGUAAGCUCAUCUGCAGGCUUGAAGCGUUCAACACCCGAAGUUGCUACGAUUACAGUGGGUAACCAUACCGUCACCAGCAUUAUCGGCUCUCCUUCGAAGAGACAACGAAUAGACGAUAAUAAAAACCGAGAUUCAUCUGUGAGACAACGAGUAAUUAAAGAGUCGGUUACAAUCCCUACAUUCAAUGGGCGCUUGACCCAGAUGUUUGCAGCCUAUUCGCAAUCAAAGCAAGCUGGGUCGUCACGUAUUGAAACAACUACCAAGAAAACAGAUGGUUCAGAGGACUCUGAUGCUUCUAGUGAGCAUUUAUUUGUAGAAGGUAGUGAUGAUGAAGGAGACGAGCAGGACGAUGAACAGGAAGACGGACGGGACGAGGAAGACGCGGCUUCUGUCCAGAGCAAAGAAGACGAAGAUAUUCCUGAAGAGGUAGAUCACGAUUCCGACUACCAGCCUCCGGAAUCUAAGGCAGUGGAUAUUGAAUUGCAAGACGACACACCACCAUCUCCAGUUCAACCAACUGACGAUGAACAUCUAAAUAAUCAGACAGAAGAGUUGCCCGAAGUCAAAGUGGACGGUGACGCUGGCGCUACACAAGAGCCGACAAAAAGUACCUCUGAAGAAACUCAAAGACGCACCCAAACCUUUAUAAAGGGCGGUACGAAGAAGAAAGACUCGACGAUAUCGUUGCUGCAGACGCUCCGUACGAACGAAAAUCAAAUAUUAAAUUCCUUGAAAGUCCAUCAAGAUUAUAUGAAGGACGUCUCCUUAACAACGAGUUCUAAGCUCGUCACAGAUAAACUUGAUGCUGAAGACGCCGAAGAGAAGCUAUCCCUAACCAUCUCAAAGUCCGACUUUGGAAAGAUGAGGAUCAUCGGACAAUUCAACCUAGGUUUCAUUCUAGCCGUUCGCCCAGCCAACGCAGAUCAUAACGACGCCGAAGUCAAAGGUGAUAGGGACGACGAGCUUUUCAUCAUUGACCAGCACGCGACAGACGAGAAAUACAACUUCGAAAGGCUGCAAGCCAAUACGGUCGUGCAAUCGCAACGACUUGUCCAGCCCAAGACCCUCGAGCUCACAGCUCUUGAGGAAGAAGUCAUCAGAGAAAACAUCCCCGCGCUAGAAGCAAACGGAUUCAUCGUCAGCAUGGACGAGAGUGGUGACCAGCCCGUCGGCUCUAGAUGCCAAUUGCUCAGCCUGCCACUGAGCCGAGAAACCACGUUUUCGCUCGCGGACCUCGAGGAGCUCGUGUCCAUGCUGACGGACCAUCAGUCCGUGUCCGCGAGCGCCAUCCCUCGCCCCUCCAAAGUCCGCAAGAUGUUCGCCAUGCGCGCUUGUCGCAGCAGCGUCAUGAUCGGGAAGCACCUCACCACGCCGCAGAUGCAGAAGCUGGUGCGGCAUAUGGGCGAGUUGGACAAGCCGUGGAAUUGCCCGCACGGACGCCCGACUAUGCGCCAUUUAUGCGGCAUCGGCGCGUGGAGCGAGAUGGGAUGGAGGGAGGGCGAUGGGUUUGAGGGGGAGAGAAGCCCAAGGACGGAUUGGGGUACGUACGUUAGGGAGAAGAAUGGGUUGGAGUGAUAUGCUUCUCUAAUACAGGAUAGUACUUUUCUCCUGAUUACGUCUUGAGAUAAAUGAGGGCUUGGUAUUUUCUCGGGUGUAUUCCUGCUAGAACCCGUGGUAAGGGGAUUGCUAUUACCUUCGUGGUUAAACCCCUUUUAUGGUAGAUUGAUGACUUGAUAUAAAAGACACUAGGCAUGUAAAUAGGAGCGCUCAGUACUUUAAUAUAAUGGCUAGGAUACACUUUCAGUCUUGAAGACGUGCUCCUAUAAGAAGUAGACGUAAAGGUACCCCUAUUCAAUAAUAUCUCAACUGCUUUAUCUAAAACUAAGUACCUUGGUAUAUUCCCAUAUGCUCCAAUCAACCCAUCCAAGACCACCCUUCAACAAUCACAUUCA